AUGGCCGUCUGGCAAUGGUACAAGAAUCUUGCGCCCAAGACUCGCAUCAUGGUCGGUGUCGGCAUCAUGGCCUAUGCAGGAGCUGGUCUCUACUUUGCAGACACGAUAGAAGAGAAGUUGGGCUUGAAACCAACCGAGGAAGAGAAAGAAGAGCUACGAAACGCUUUGCCCAAGAUUUCCGUCGUCGAGAGGAAGGAUCAAUAA